AUGGCCUCGUUCUUCUCCACCACUGAACAGUGGAGUUACAGCUGCGAGUGUCAAAACCUGCCAGGUCGAAGCGUGAGGCGCUGCCAGGGGGCGCCGUCCAGGCCGAACGCUCAGAACCACGGCUGGAAGGGAACACAGCGUCGGGACCCGAGCCAAUCACAACCUCAUACAUCUGUCAGUGGAAUCUGCAUCGCUCAGUCACUGAAGAUUCCUCACGACCACAAACCGUCGGACUUUGAUAAAAUCAUCCGUCUGCUGCUGGACACGCGUUACGCCCGCGCCGUCAUCCUGUUUGCAUCUGACGAGGACAUCAGAGGGAUCCUGAACGCCAGUAAGCGAGCCGACCAGGUGGGACACUUCCUGUGGCUGGGCUCUGACAGCUGGGGCGCCAAGAACAGUCCCAUCCACCAGCUGGAGGACGCUGCUGUCGGAGCCGUGACCAUUCUCCCAAAGAGGGCGACCAUCAGUGGCUUCGACUCCUACUUCACGUCCAGGACGCUGGAGAACAACCGGAGGAACGUGUGGUUCGCUGAGUACUGGGAGGAGAACUUCAACUGCAAGCUGAUGAGCUCGUCCAGGAGAGACGAGAGCAGCAGGAAGUGCACAGGUCAGGAACGUAUCGGCUUGGACUCCAAGUACGAGCAGGAGGGGAAGGUGCAGUUCGUGAUCGAUGCCGUGUACGCCGUGGCCCACGCGCUCCACAACAUGCAGAGGGACCUGUGUCCACAGAACUCUGGCCUCUGUGUGGAGAUGGACCUGGCUGGAGGCAAGAAGCUGCUCAGGUACAUCCGCAGCGUCAGCUUCAACGGAAGUGCCGGCACGUCAGUGACAUUCAACCGUGACGGUGACGCCCCCGGACGCUACGACCUGUUCCAGUACCAGUGGAGCAACGUGACUGGGCCGGGCUACAGAGUCAUCGGACAGUGGACGGAGACGCUGCAGAUCAACAUGGAGGACAUGCAGUGGCCUCUGGGCGAGCGGGCCGUCCCCAGCUCGGUGUGCAGCCUGCCCUGCCGGCCCGGCGAGAGGAAGAAGGUGGUGAAGGGCAUGGCGUGCUGCUGGCACUGCGAGCCCUGCGAUGGUUACCAGUACCAGCUCAACGAGUUCACCUGUAAACUCUGCUCCUACAACAUGAGGCCCGACGCCAACCGCACAGCCUGCCAGCCCAUCCCCAUCACCCAGCUGGACUGGAGCUCGGCCUGGGCCGUGGUCCCGGUCCUCCUGGCGAUGCUCGGCAUCAUUGCUACGAUGUUCGUCAUGGCGACGUUCCUCCGGCACAACGACACGCCGAUCGUCCGCGCCUCCGGCCGCGAGCUGAGCUACGUGCUGCUCACCGGGAUCUUCCUGUGUUACAUCAUCACGUUCCUCAUGAUCGCCAAGCCGGAUGUGGGCGUGUGCUCGUUCAGGAGGAUCUUCCUGGGUCUGGGGAUGUGCAUCAGCUACGCCGCCCUGCUCACCAAGACCAACCGCAUCUACCGGAUCUUCGAGCAGGGGAAGAGGUCGGUGACGGCGCCGCGGCUGAUCAGCCCCACCUCCCAGCUGGCCAUCACCUCCAGCCUCAUCUCCGUGCAGCUGCUGGGCGUGCUGGUCUGGUUCGGGGUGGAUCCACCCAACAUCAUCAUAGACUACGAGGAGCAGAAGACCAUCAACCCAGAUCUGGCCCGAGGCGUGUUGAAGUGUGACACCACAGACCUGCAGCUCAUCUGCUCGCUGGGCUACAGCAUCCUGCUGAUGGUGACGUGCACUGUCUACGCCAUCAAGACCCGCGGCGUCCCCGAGAACUUCAACGAGGCCAAGCCCAUCGGGUUCACCAUGUACACCACCUGCAUCGUGUGGCUGGCCUUCAUCCCCAUCUUCUUCGGCACCGCGCAGUCCACAGAGAAGCUCUACAUCCAGACGACCACGUUGACCAUCUCCAUGAACCUCAGUGCGUCCGUGGCCCUCGGGAUGCUCUACCUGCCGAAGGUCUACGUGAUCCUCUUCCACCCGGAGCUCAACGUGCAGAAGAGGAAACGCUCCUUCAAAGCCGUGGUCACCGUGGCCACCAUGUCGACCCGACUCUCCCACAAGGCCCGGCCCAACGGCGAGGCCAAGACGGAGCUGUGUGACAACAUGGACGCCGACAGUCGAGCAGCGAAGAAGAAGAAGAGCGUGAGCUACAGCGACCUCGUGAUCUGA